UGCACCUGCUGCCCCAUCCUCCACAUCACUGCCCUCACUCUGGAGCGCUGCCUCGCCGUCUGCUUCCCCCUCACAGCCAAGGUGGUCAUCACCAAGCGCUGGGUGAAAGCCGUCAUCGGUGUCCUCUGGGCCUUCACCUUCCUCUCUGCCAGCCCCUCCUUCUUCCUCCUCAACCACACCAACCUCAGCUGCUAGUGCGAGCCCACCCUGCAGGCUGUGUAGUCCAGCCUGCUGGCCACCAUGUUCUGGGUCACCACCUCCUACUUUGUCCUGCCCAUCACCUGCCUCAACAUCCUCUAUGGCUUCAUCAUCUGGGAGCUGUGGCGGAGCAACACCCACCUGCGGGGCCCCAGCGCAGUCCUCUGGGAGAAGGGGCACUGCCAGGCUGUCAAGAUCACGGCUGUGGUGGUUCUGGCCUUUGCAAUUUGCUGAUUGCCUUUCUACAUUGGCAGAAUCGUAUUUGUAAACACCCAGGACAGCAGGAUGAUGCUGUUCUGCCAGUACUUUAAUACAUUUGCUCUGCAGCUUCUUCAUCUAUCCAUCAGUGCUAUCCUCUACAACCUCAUUUCAAAGAAGUACAAAGAAGCAGCCUACAAGCUGCUGUUGCCACACAGAGCUGCAGAAGGGGCUUUCACA